CCUCCCUCUCAGGCUGCAUGGUGAGGUUGUGAAACUUGAAGUUGAAGACAGUCAAAUGACGGUGGAGCUUCCUUCUCAGCUGCCUCCUCUUUGUGGUGGAAUCGACACUUUGGAUGUCAAGUCAGAUCAGAGUCCGGAGACUGUGGAUAAGGAGCCUCUGAUGGCAGCAGAGGAGGCGUGGGCUUUGCUGGAUCCAAAAGAGAAGGCUCUGCCCAAAGACGUCAUGGAGAGGAGCGAUGGGACUUGGGCCUCUGCGGGGACUCCAGAGACUGGUUCUGACCUGGUCUCCUGUGUGGAGGAAGAGGAAGGCCACUUUGCAAAGAUCUUGGAGGAAGGAGAGGAGGAAAAGGAAGAUCAGUUAGCCAAGAGCUCUGAGGAAGAGAAAUCAAAAGUUGAUGGAAAUCAGAACGCUGAAAUGAAUGAAAAGCAGAUGAAGAAAACUGAGACAAAACCAGGACAGAGAAGCAAAUCCGUUGGUACUGAAACAGCUGUCUUCUAUGAAAUUUCAUUACUCGGAGAAAGUCAUAAAAAGAUGAUUCUCGAUAAAAAGAAGCAGUCCUCUGAGCAAGGAAAUAGCUUUGCUCAGCAACUCUACCUUACCGAACAUGGAUGGAUCCAAACAAGAAAGAAAACGCACCAGUGCUCAGUGUGUGGAAGAAGUUUCAUGAAGAGCUCAAGUCUCACAUUACACCAAAGAAUUCACACUGGGAAGAAAGCAUAUCAGUGCUCAGAAUGUGGGAAAAUCUUCACUCAGAGCAUGAGCCUUAAGGUGCACCAAAGAACUCACACAGGAGAGAGGCCCUUUGAAUGCUCAGAAUGUGGAAAGGCCUUCGCUCAUCUUGUGAACCUUAAAGUACACCUAAGAAUCCACACAGGAGAGAAACCCUUUGAAUGCUCAGACUGUGGAAAGGCCUUCAGUCAGAGCAUGAGCCUUAAAACACACCGAAGAGUCCACACAGGGGAGAAACCCUUUGAAUGCCCAGUAUGUGGAAGGACCUUCGCUCAUCGUAUAAACCUUAAAGUACACCUAAGAACCCACACGGGAGAGAAACCAUUUGCAUGCUCAGUAUGUGGAAAGGCCUUCACUCAAAGCAUGAGUCUUAAAACACACCUAAGAAUCCACACGGGGGAGAAACCCUUUGAAUGCUCAGAAUGUGGAAAGGCCUUUGCUCAUAAAACAAAUGUUAAAGUACAUCAAAGAACACACACAGGGCAGAAGCUCUUUGAAAGCUCAGAAAGUGGAAAGACCUUUGCUCGGAGGCUGAACGUUAAAAGACGCCAAAGACGUCACAUGCUGAAGGAAACCUAUGAGUGUCCAGAUUGUGGGGAAAAUUUCACCCAAAGCAUGACUCUGAAGCUGCAUCAACGGAUUCACAUGGGAGCAGGUCACACUUCAGACCUGGAGCUGUAUCAAGGAGUUUUGGAGGAGCCAUAGAAAUACCCGGAAGAAUACAAAAUGAAUGUUGCUGAUAGUCUAACAUUACACAUAAAAGACUGUACGUAUUCUUUAAUUCUUUUUAAAAUCACUUUUCCACUUUAUUGAUGUUUUACAUAGUGGAAUUUUAUAAGUUGAGAUGUCAAUGAAUUAAAUAAAUAUAUUUGAAUAAUUUGUUUUUAAACUGUGUUGUAUUAGUUUUAUCUUUGCAUUACCCCUUCCUUCUGUUAGGUAAAUAAGUAUUUUUAAAUUGUGCCCUUUUGGCAGGGCAGUCUUCUUUUUUAUUCUGUAAAAGGCCAUGUACACCGAUGGCACUCUAUAAAUAAAUCAAUAA